AUGGUCAAAGCUGUUAUUUUUACCGAUUUCGACGGUACUGUUACUUUGGAAGAUUCUAAUGAUUAUUUAACUGAUACUUUGGGUUUCGGUAAAGAGAAAAGAUUAAAGGUCUUCGAGGGUGUCUUGGAUGAUACCAAAUCCUUCAGACAAGGCUUUACGGAAAUGUUGGAAUCCAUCCACACUCCUUUUCCUGAGUGUAUCAAGAUCUUAGAGAAGAAAAUUCGCUUGGAUCCUGGAUUUAAAGACACUUUUGAAUGGGCUCAAGAAAAUGAUGUUCCAGUCGUCGUUGUUUCCAGCGGAAUGAAGCCAAUUAUCAAGGUUUUAUUAACUAGACUAGUUGGACAAGAGUCUAUUCAUAAAAUUGAUAUUGUUUCCAAUGAAGUCGAAAUCGAUGCGCAUGACCAAUGGAAAAUCAUCUAUAAGGAUGAAAGCCCUUUCGGGCAUGACAAAUCUAGAACAAUUGAUGCUUAUAAAAAGAAAUUUGAAUCUACAUUGAAGUCAGGUGAAGAAAGACCUGUUUACUUUUACUGUGGUGACGGUGUUUCUGAUCUUAGUGCUGCAAAGGAAUGUGACUUGCUAUUUGCUAAGAGAGGUAAAGACUUGGUUACUUAUUGUAAGAGACAAAACGUACCAUUCCAUGAAUUUGACACUUUCAAAGACAUCUUGGCCAAUAUGAAGCAAGUUCUUACUGGUGAGAAGACAGUGACUGAAUUAAUGGAAAAUUAG